CGCUGGGCCCCGCCUUGCGCCAGUCGUCACUUCCUGUUACUGCCUCAACUUCCUUCCGGUUCCUCCCCCUGGGCCCCGCCUUGCGUCAGUCGUCACUUCCUGUUACUGCCUCAACUUCCUUCCGGUUCCUCCCCCUGGGCCCCGCCUUGCGCCAGUCGUCACUUCCUGUUACUGCCUCAACUUCCUUCCGGUUCCUCCUCCUGGGCCCCGCCUUGCGUCAGUCGUCACUUCCUGUUACUGCCUCAACUUCCUUCCGGUUCCUCCCCCUGGGCCCCGCCUUGCGUCAGUCGUCACUUCCUGUUACUGCCUCAACUUCCUUCCGGUUCCUCCUCCUGGGCCCCGCCUUGCGUCAGUCGUCACUUCCUGUUACUGCCUCAACUUCCUUCCGGUUCCUCCUCCUGGGCCCCGCCUUGCGCCAGUCAUCACUUCCGGCUUCUGCUCCGCUUCCGCUUCCGCCCCGGGCCGGUCCCCGCCCCCCCGCCCGGGCCGGUCCCGGUCCCGCCGCCUGCGCCGGCAGCAUGGCGGAGCCGCUGGGCUGGUGCGUGGAGGCGGUGCGAGCGGCGGCGGAGCCGGGCCUGGGCCGGGCCCUGCUGGCUCUCCGCACCCGCCACAGCCGCAGGCCCGGCGGAGCCGCUCGGUUCCGGGAGCGAGGGGGAUUGGGGCCGCUGCUGGAGCUGCUGGGCCCGGACCGGCCCCGCCGGACCCUGGACCUGGCGCUCAGCGUCCUCGGCAACUGCUGCACCGAACCUGGCUGCCGCCGGCUGGCCCGGAGCCUCGGCGGCGUCCCCCGCCUCGUGUCGCUGCUGGCCCCGCCCAGCCCCGAGAGCGUUCGCUGCAGAGCCGCUCGCGCCCUCGCCAACCUGGCGCUGGAGCCCGACGGUGCCCAGGAGGUGCUGGAGGCAGGCGCUGCCCCUCUGCUGCUCUCCCUGGCAGCCUCCUGUGCCAGCCCCCAGUGCCUGCACAGUGCCGCUCGUGCCCUGCGCAUCCUGGGGGCAGCUCCGUGCCCGCUGCAGCCCCUGGGCCCUGCUGCUGCCAUCCGCACCUUGGCCACCCGCCUGGCAGCCCUGGCACCUGACCACCCUGCCUGCCCGGCCCUGGCACGGGCCCUGCGUGCCCUCACCGACCUGCCAGGCCCCUACGUGGACGAGGUGGCACCGGCGGUGCCCACCCUGGUGGCUUUGGCUGCCCAUGCCAAGCGCGACCGGCGACAGCCUGCCCUGGCUGCCCUUGCCAAUGCCUGUGCCCGUGCCAACCUCAGGCCCGGGCUGGGCGCAGCUGGUGCCGUGGAGGCUGCCAUCCAGGAGGUGAGGAGGGUGCUGGGGGUGCCAGGGGGCACCUCGGUGCCAGGCAGACAGGACGGGGUGGCACCCAGCAGUGCUCCCAAGGUGGUAAGCAAGGGCAGAUUGGCACCACCCAGCGCCUUGGUGGCACCCAACGGUGCCCUGCCACUGCCCAGUGGUACCUUGGCACCACCCAGUGGUGCCCUGGCACCGCCCAGCAGCACCACCUUGGCACCUCCCAGUGCCUUGGCACCACCCAAUGGUGCCCUGGCGCUGUUCAAUGGUACCUUGGCACCAUCCAGCAGUACCCUGGCAUCACCCAGUGCCACCUUGGCAUCAUCCAGUGAUGCCAUGGUGCCACCCAGUGUCUUGGGGGCACUCAGUGGUACCUUGGCACCACCUAAUGGUGCUCUGGCACCAUCCAGCGACUUGGAGUCGCCCAAUGGCACCUUGGCACCACCCAGCACAGCCCUGGUGCCACCUGGUGCCACCUUGACAUCAUCCAGUGAUGCCUUGGUGGCACCCAGCACCACCUUGGCACCCCCCAGCUCCUCGAGGGCCCCCAAGGCCACCUUGGUGCCAUCCAAGGGCACCUUGGCACCCCCCAGCACCACCACCCUGGCACCCCCCAUCCCCUCGAGGAUCUCCAAUGGCACCUUGGCACCACCCAAGGGCACCCCCGCAGGCCCCACCAGUGCCACCCUGUGCCCAGCUGUGCGGGCACUGUGCCUGCUGUGCAGGGAGGCAGUGAACCGGGCCCGGGUGCGGGCAGCAGGGGGCCUGGGGGUGCUGCUGGCACUGCUGGGGCACCCCCUGGGCACCGCCUGGCACCGGCGCCUGCUGCUGGCCCUGGCAGCCUUCGCCUACGACCAGGAGGCUCUGCUGGCACUGGAGGGGGAGGGACUGGCACCGAGGCUGGCACAGGUGCUGCGGGGGCAGGCACGGAGCGGGUGGGGCAGGAGGAGGGGGAGGAGGAGGCAGGAGGAGGAGGAGGAGGAGGAGAAGGAGGAAGCAGCAGCAGCGUCCUGGGACCUGCCCCGAGAGGAGACCCCCAAAGGGACCCCCAGAGGAGGGUUGGGGUCCUGCCUCUACCUCUUCCAAUCCCCUUCCUCCCCUCCCCCUUCCUCCUCCUCCUCCUCCCCGCCCCCGCCCCCUCCCCCCCGCCCCGCCCCCGCCCCCUUCCCCCCCCUCCUGACCCUGGCCCUGCCGCGGGGGGUGGGGGAGGGGGACCCCUGGCUGCCCGAGACCCCUGCCCUGCUGCUGCUGCGCCGCCUGGCGGCCUCCGACCCCCCCAGCCCCUCCCUGGCGCGCCCGGGGGUCCUGGGGGGGCUGCUCAGCUACCUGACCGCCCUGCCCCCCCCGCCGCCCGCCCCCCGCGCCGCCGCCGCCGCCCUGCUGCGCCGCCUGACGGCCGCGCCCUGCCUGCUGGGGGCGCUGCUGAGCUGCUACCUGCCCUCGCUGCUCAGCUCCUGGCUGCUGCUGGGGCUGCCCCCGCGCCGCGCCAGGAGCCUCUCGGCGCCAGGGGGCGCCAGGGGGCGCCGGGGGCAGCCCCGGGGCUGGCAGCACCCACGCGGGGACAGGCUGCGGGAGCUGGGCGAGGCCCUGCUGAGCAGCCUGGGCCGCGCCGCUGCUGCCCCCUACGGGCUGGGAGUGCUGCAGCACCUCCUGCGCUGCGGCUCCCCCCGGGCACGCCUGGCCUGUGCCACCGCCCUGCCCCUGCUGGCCAGGGUGGCACCCCCGGCACGGGCACUGCUGUGGCAGGGGGGGGCAGUGGCACUGCUGCUGUCGGCAGUGGCCCUGGGCCCCUCCUCCCCCUUCCAGCCCCCCCCUGCCUUCGCCCUCUACGCUGCUGAUGCCAUCGGGCACCUCAGGAGGCACCAGGAGGACACCCCCGGGGGACAGCAGGGGCAGGUGCCAGGGGCUGCAGCCAAUGAGGACCUGCAAGGACCUGGGGACAGCUCCGGGGACCCCUCCCGGGGGCCACCCAAGCGCCCCCUGCUGGAGGCCUCCUCCUGCCCCCACCUGUCCCCAGUGCCCCCCAAGCGCCCCCUGCUGGAGGCCUCCUCCUGCCCCCAGCCCUCCCCAGCCCCCUCCUCCCCCUGCCCCUCCCUGUCCCCGGACCCCUCCCAGUCCCCACCCCCGGCCCCUCCUUGCCCCUGCCCUUACUCCAGGGCCCCUCACGACCUCCUGCUGCUGCCCGACGGUGCCCGCCCGGGGGUGCCAGCCUCCAGGGCCGCCCUGUGCCAGCUCUCCCCCGUGCUGGCUGCCAUGCUGGGGGGAGCCUUCGCCGAGGCUCGCCAGGCCGAGGUCACCCUGGGCAGUGCCCCCCGAGGUGCCCUGCGCCUGCUGCUCCACUUCCUGCACGGCUGCCGGGGCCCCCCCCACGACCCCUGCCAGCUGUUGGCACCUCCCGUGCCCCCCUCCCCCGCCGGCGCCGCCCUGGCCCUGGCACGACGCUUCCUGGUGGCAGAGGACUUCGAGGCGUGGGUGGCAUCGGCCGUGGGUGCCCCCCCGGGGAUGCUGUGGGCGUUGGCAGAGCGUUGGGGCAGUGCCCACCUGGCUACCAGGGCGGCUCAGGCCAUCCUAAAGGGAGGGCCAGAGGAGGUGGCACCGAGGCUGGUGAGGGCGGCCAGGGUGGCACAGUGCCCCCCACGCCUGGCACGGGCACUGCUGGCCGAGCUGGCACCCGGGGGGCUGCAGCCCCCACUGGAGAUGGGAGAGCCCUGGGGGGGGGUGGGCGACCCCCUGCUGGCACUGCCAGGAGGUGCCAAGCUGGAGGAGGGGGAGGAGGAGGAGCUGGGGGAGGACUUUGGGGAGGUCCUGGGAGAGGACUUCUGGGGGGACCUGGAGGAAGAUUUUGGGGGGGACCUGGGGGAGGACUUUGGGGACCCUCAGGAGGAGCCUGGAAGCAACCAAGGAGACCUCAGCAGCUUCCUGGGGGAGGAAGAGGAGGAGGAGGAGGAUGAAGAAGAGGUUCUCUGAAGUGUUUUGGAGCCUCCUGGAUGAAGAGGAGGAGGAGGCCAAGAAAGACCCCAGCAGCUUUGGGCACCUCCUAGAGGAGGAGGAAGAGGCCAAAGAGGCUCCCUGAGAGCUUCGGGGAGCUGUGGGGGGAGGAGGAGGAGGAGGAGGCCGAAGAGGUUCUGAGAUGCUUUGGAGCCUUCUGGGUGAAGAUGAAGAUUAGGAGGAGGAGGCCAAGAAGGACCUCAGCAGCUUUGGGCACCUCCUGGGGGCAGGAGGAGGCCAAAGAGGCUCAUGGGGACCUCGGGGGGAGGGGGGGUUGGGGGGGAGGGGGGGGGGGGAGGAGGAGGAGACCCCUGGCGGGGGGGGAGAGGAAGAGCCCCCCCGGGGGGAGAGGCUGUGAGGAGACCACAAUAAAGGAGCAGAACUGCC